AUGGAAGAACCAAAGGAGGAACCGUGGGACUCCUCCUCCUCAUGGUCACGUUCUGUUAGCGAAACAGUAAAUGGGUCACACGAAUUAACGAUAAAGGGUUAUUCUUUAUCGAAAGGAAUGGGGGCUGGAAGGUACAUCACCAGUGACACUUUCAGCGUUGGUGGUUACGAUUGGGCUGUUUACUUUUACCCUGACGGAAAGAAUCCUGAAGAUAAUUCCGUGUAUGUUUCCGUUUUCAUUGCACUUGCUAGUGAGGGUACUGAUGUUAGGGCUUUAUUCAAAUUGACAUUGCUUGAUCAAACUUCAAAGGGGAAUCAUAAAGUUCAUAGCCAUUUUGAUCGUCCUCUUGAGAGUGGUCCUUAUACUCUCAAGUACAGAGGCAGCAUGUGGGGUUACAAGCGUUUUUUUAAGAGGUCGGUGUUGGAGAAUUCGGAGUAUUUGAAGGAUGAUUGUCUUGUUAUGCAUUGCACGGUUGGUGUUGUUAAGACGCGGUUUGAGAGAUCGAAACAUGGUGUUGUUGUGCCUGCUUCUGAUAUGGGUAAAGAUUUUAAGGAUUUGUUUGAGUCUCAAGUUGGUUGUGACAUUGUUUUUAAGGUCAAGAGUGAAUGCUUUAAGGCUCAUAAGUUGAUUCUCGCUGCUCGGUCGCCUGUGUUUAGAGCUCAGUUUUAUGGACUUGUUGGGGAUCCUUGCUUAGAGGAAGUAGUGGUAGAGGAUAUUGAACCCUUUAUCUUCAAGGCAAUGCUUCUCUUCAUUUACUCGGACAAAAUUCCUGAAAUCUAUGAGGUUAUGGGCUCAAUACCUAUGUGCUCUUAUACUGUCAUGGUGCAGCAUCUAUUGGCUGCUGCUGAUCUCUAUAAUCUUGAUAGGCUAAAAAUGUUGUGUGAAUCAAGAUUGUGUGAAGAAAUGAAUACGGAGACCGUAGCUACAACACUUUCCCUGGCCGAGCAACAUCACUGUCCACAGCUCAAGGCAAUCUGUUUAAAAUUUAUUGCAAAUUCAAAAAACUUGGGAGCUGUAAUGCAAUCCGAAGCUUUUUUGCAUUUGAAAGACAGCUGCCCUACAAUGUUAAUGGAAUUGCUGGAGAUGUUUGCCUCAGUGGAUCAUAGCUCAAGCCUGUUGUUGAGCAGGAAAAGAAGUGUCAGUAGCAUAUACGGGCAGGAUUUAACCGAUGGAGGGGCAGCAGAAUCAGUCAAUCCAAAUAGCAGGCGUAUCAGGAGGCGGACUUAA